ACCGCCUAGAGCCGAGGCGGGAGUAUACGCGCUGGGCUUGCGAGGCAGAGCUUCGCGGUCCCCCGGGGUUCGGAAGACUUGAGCCAGACCCCUGUCCCCAAUCCCGCCGAGAUUACAGCUCAUCUCGCGAGAGCUCCUGCAAGGCACGGCAGCGGGCCUCGGCGGCGGGAUGCUGGCGGAACGCUCCAGACCGCGCCCCCUCUGGCGCAGCUGGGAGAGGAGCGGGAGGGAGCGGCCGACGGCGCGCACGCGCAGGUACAGUUGCUGCAAGCCUCCAGGAUGGCCAUCCAAUUCCGUUCACUUUUCCCCUUGGCAUUGCCUGGAAUGCUGGCACUUCUUGGCUGGUGGUGGUUUUUCUCUCGUAAAAAAGAGCACGUCAGUAGCCGUGACAGACAGGUGGAGGCUCGCACCGUGGAGCUGAGGGCCGACCCUGCCAUCGAAGCUCUGGUCCCAGCGGCAGAGGCCUGUCCUGGAGCCGUGUCCAUGCCUCCCGCUGUCACUCAGCCACCAGAAAAGGAGCUGGCCACAGCGAGCAAGCCUUCUCCAGAGCCCAGAGCCCUGCUGCGGGCACAUCCAGCCUGUCGUACAUCAGCGUCCUCAGGCAAUCUUCCUAACACCACGGACUCGAGGUUUCCACCAGGAACACACAAAGACGACAGCACAAGGGUGGAACUAGCCCUGACGGGUGACGAAGCCAAGUCUGUUCCUCUAGAGUGUUCCCUCCCUUCCCCAAAGUUUGUUCCGUUCCCCCACGAAGCAGCUGAGGUGUGCAAGCAUGAGGCAGAGCGGGACCGGCAAGGUCAGUCUGCAGCCCCAACAGAGAAGCAUGGCCCUGGGGAGAAGGCCAGAGACACAGGCGGGGCCGAAGGCACUGGCGACGCAGCGUUGGGAGAAAGGGUGCUGGAAGAGCGUGUGCUGUCCCAGGAACGUGGCUUUGAAUCACAGAGCAGCAAGGCCCCCAGCCUGGCUCCCCUGGGAGGAGGGGGAGAGGCAGGGAAGAGCAGCCUGCCUCAGGUGGAAGGGGACGCAGUAGGGAAGUUGCUGAGUAGCUUUAUCGAAGUGCCGCACAUGGGACUGGCCAAGGAUGAUGAGACGCCGGCAGCCCAGGAGAGAGCCUGGGACAGAGAUGUGUUAGGAGAGCUGGGCACAGAGGAGACCUUGGAUAAAAACGAAGAGCUUGAGCAGGCUGCUUUCCAGAUCAUCUCCAAAGUGAUCUUGGAGGCGACGGAAGAAGUGCUGGCCACCACCGUGGGUAAGAUUGCAGAUCACGUGCAUCAGGCCUCAGCCAGUCAGCUCCACGGGCAAAAAGAGGAGCGCUGUGCCCCAGUCAGCCAGAAAACUGCCCCAGGGCAAGAUGCUGCAGAGCCCGCUCUGGCCACAGCGGAGGCAGCCGUGGGCCCAUCACAUGCUGCCCUCCCCUCGCCAGGCCUGCCAGCAGAGGACCUGCCACCACCAAAGACCUACGUGAGCUGCCUGACCAGCCCUCUGUCCAGCCCCACUAAGGAGAGGAAGCCAAAGAAUUCCGCGCACCACCUCUCUCUGGCCCCCUGCCCGCCACCGGCCACCCCCCUCGGGGAGUCACUGCACAGCGCAAGCGUCCUAGUGGAAGAUGCCUGCAUGUCGGACAACAGCCAGGGUGUCUCUUCAGUGGCUUCUUCCGGGCAGUGCUCCGAUUCCGUCAGUACUUCAGGGCUUGAAGACUCUUGUACAGAGACCACCUCGAGCCCCAGGGACAAAGCUACCACCUCGCCGCUGCCAGAAAGUACUGUGCCGUUUAGCAAUGGGGUGCUGAAGGGGGAGUUGUCAGACUUAGGGACUGAGGAUGGAUGGACCAUGGAUGCGGAAGCUGAUCAUUCGGGAGGUUCAGACGGGAACAGCAUGGAUUCGGUGGAUGGCUGCUGUGGCCUCAGGAAGACUGAUGGUUUCCAGAAUGCCCAGGCGAGCUCCAAUCCUAAGAAGGUUGACCUCAUCAUCUGGGAGAUUGAGGUGCCAAAGCACUUAGUCGGUCGGCUAAUAGGCAAGCAGGGGCGGUAUGUGAGUUUUCUGAAGCAAACGUCUGGUGCCAAGAUCUACAUCUCCACCCUGCCUUACACCCAGAACGUCCAGGUCUGCCACAUAGAAGGCUCUCAGCAUCAUGUAGACAAGGCGCUGAACCUGAUUGGGAAGAAGUUCAAGGAGCUGAACCUCACCAAUAUCUACGCUCCCCCACUGCCUUCGCUGGCCCUGCCUUCUCUUCCGAUGACUUCCUGGCUCAUGCUCCCAGAUGGCGUCACUGUGGAGGUGAUUGUGGUCAGCCAGGUCAACGCCGGGCACCUGUUUGUGCAGCAGCACACGCACCCUACCUUCCAUGCCUUGCGCAGCCUGGACCAGCAGAUGUACCUCUGCUACUCGCAGCCCGGAAUCCCCACCCUGCCCACCCCAGUGGAAAUAACGGUCAUCUGUGCUGCCCCCGGCGUGGAUGGUGCCUGGUGGCGAGCUCAAGUGGUGGCCUCCUAUGAGGAGACCAACGAAGUGGAGAUCCGCUACGUGGACUACGGUGGAUACAAGAGAGUGAAAGUAGAUGUGCUCCGGCAAAUCCGGUCUGACUUUGUGACCCUGCCGUUCCAGGGAGCAGAAGUCCUUCUGGACAGUGUGAUGCCUUUGUCAGAUGAUGAGCACUUCUCACCUGAGGCGGAUGCAGCUAUGAGCGAGAUGACAGGAAAUACAGCACUGCUGGCUCAGGUGACAAAUUAUAGUCCGACUGGCCUUCCUCUGAUUCAGCUAUGGAGUGUGGUUGGAGAUGAAGUGGUGUUGAUAAACCGGUCACUGGUGGAGCGAGGACUUGCCCAGUGGGUAGACAGCUACUAUACAAGCCUCUGACCCCCCCCCGCCCCCCACAGCCACUUGAGUCUUUUUUGCACUGUUGAAAUUGGGCUUGGCACUCAAGGCAAAGACUUUACAUCAGAAUAACAAACGUUGUCUUCCUCAGAAAGUUCUUUUUCUCUGCAUUGUGCUCAUGUUGAGAAGAUGGUUCAUCUCUGAGACAAGGAAGGAGCUGUGGGUGUUUUUCAAAGCCAUAGAUGGUGUGUAACAAGCCUGUCGGCUUAACCUGGUUCUAAGCUGUUAAAAAGGAAAAAAAGUGGAAGGAAAACUACCCCCCUCGCAGACUGUGCCCCUCCUUUCCAUUCCUCUCUCCUUCCUUCCCACUUCCUCCCCAACCCCAAACCAAACCAACUAUAGCAAACAUGCCAAGGGAUGUGUUGCUUGCUUGAGAGGGUUUCUUUUGCUUCCAAGUCUUUCUUCAGGGAGCAAGACAUGAACUGACUAAUUGAUAUCGAUUACUUGUACAGCUGACGUAUAUGAAUUUAUGAUCUUUAGCCAGUUUUUAUAAACGUCACCGAGGUCUCUUAAGAAGGCAAACUUUUUAAUGCAUAUGUAAAUACAAAGCAAUCAAACCUCUGGCCUGGGUCAGUGUGGGGAGGAAACUGUUAUCUCGCCAAGCCUGGUUGUAAUUUGUAACCAUUUUCUAUUUGUGCAAACUCUGUAAAUAUAUGUUUAAAAAAUGUAAUAUUUUGUACAAGACACUGGAGAACAAAGGGAACUCAAGCUUUUUCCACACCCUGUGUCAUCUGUGAGCAGAAGUUACCUCCGCAGAGUGUAGCUUCCCGUCCCGGCUCCUGCUACGGGCCCUGAGGUGUCCUGCCUACUGAGCAGGGUGACUCGAUGGUGUAGAUUGCGAUCCGGGGAUUUCUUUUUUCUGUACAAAUUUGUUUAAAAAAAAAAAAAAAAAAAAGCAAGUCAUUGAAUUACCUUGCAGUGGUGUGUUUGAUUCUUUUUUUAGACUGGUUCCAGCAUUGUACAAUUUAAAAUAAGUGACGUACGCUUAUAUAAAUCUUGAAUUGUAUACACUACAGAUAAAGCUUUGAAUUUAUUUUUCCAUGAUGGCAAAGGUUGGGGAGUGAAGAGGCCCACUGUGAGGAGGGUGGGCUGGACGGUCCCCCUAAAGGAGACCCAUGGCUCUUUGGUGAUAGUAUAGCUGGAAAUUUCCAUCUGGCCUUUCUCCCUCCUUGUCCCACAAGGUGGCAGCGGAGCUUCCUCUGGCUUCUCCCAGUGAGUAUCUCAAAUAGCCGGGUUUGAAUUUAAAGCACUGGUUUCAGAAUUCUUUGGUUGUGCAUUCUUAAUAGAGCUGUGAAGUUCCUUAAUUUACUGCAGUGGUAAGAGUGAUGUAACACAUGCGUACAUUUACAUGGUGAGAGCAGAUACUAACUACUGCAGAUACUAAAUAGCUCUUUCUCUUCAAGGUGGGCUCAGGCCCUUUAGCCCAGGCCUUCAAGCCUGCCCAUCCAUUUGGGGGUCUCUAGAGAGCUGAGGGUCCUUCACACUGAAGUUCUCCCACAGAGCUGUGGGUAAUAAGGAGUUAAAAGUCUCAGUGUCCCUCGUCUGUGGGAUCAGGUAAUGAAUGAUACCAACCUCAUAAGGCAAUGAAGCGAAAUCAUGGAACUCUCCCCUGCUUGUACAGAGUUGGCCCACAGCGAGCUACCAGGCCGUCUUAGCUGCUGGCGGCCCAAGUCCCUGUGGUAAUUGGUGUGACUUCAGCCAAGUCAUGUUACACCCAGGUCUCGGCCUUUUCUGUGUAGCUCGCAUCACUGGAGCAGGAAAGGGUGUACGGGGAACCUUCAAGCUAGUUUGGAGAGAGCUCUCCAAGCCUGGUGUACAGAUUUGGCUUUUAUCUUUGGGAGCCAUUGAAGGGUUUUAACGGAGGGGGAAACCACACGAUUCUGGUGCAGGGAGGAGGAUGGGGGAAGUGGUUGAGCAGAGAGACCAAAGCCAGGAUGGUCCAGAUGGACACGGGCUUCCUCUGGGAUGGCUCCUGGGUGACAAGUGAUGCGAUCAGGAUCCUUGGACAAAGCCCAGGAUGGAGGGAGUGGUGGGGAGAGCAGUGGGGAUGAGAAGGUGUGCUGCUCUUGUGUCUGAGGUCUUCUCUGAGUCUUCUGGGAUGGUCCCUUAAACAAGGUUUGGUACAUGGAAAGACGCGAGUUGGAGGUUGGUGAAGGGCAUGUACUCUUUGAAUAACGGUUCUCGGAUUGUUGUUGGCCUUUGAUUAAUUUCCAGAGUUCUGAAAAGUUGGUUUUGACCAUUUUGCCCGUAAUCAUGUUGCCUUUACAGAGGACCAGGUCUAGCUCCACCAUUCCGGGCGAGUACAUUUUAGACUUGCUCUUUGAAUUACUUGUGGGCCAUCCAGGGGACAGCUUUUAAGUGUGAGUUUGGAAACUCACGAGAAAAGCCGGCACUGGAGUGAGAUCAGGUAAUCCGCCCAGUCUCACUGGGAGAGAGGUGGGAUGCUGGACACAGUGGGGCCAGAGCUCCCAGCCUGUUCUCACUUCAGGUGUUUGUGUCCACGACCCCCUCUGGUCCUUCGGGCCCUGCCAGGUACGGGAGGGGUGACUGGUCCUAGUAGGGUGUCAGCAUGGAGGCUGGGUUCUAGGGUUCUGCUACACCUCAUACACAGCCUCAGUUAUGCCACUUAGAGGUGUCUCUAACCAUCACAGAAUUCGGAUAAAACAAGAUCAGUAGCCAGAGUUACGGAGUGCUAACCUGCUGUUUUAUAGGUAAUACUUGUCCUCAAGACAACCCAGUGAAGUAGGACCCUGGAGAUGGGAGUUGGUGACGAGAGCAGCUUUGGGAAGGAGCAGAUCUGAGACUCAGCCAGGUUUUGCCCAGGCCAUGUUCUCUUGACCAUGGCUCCUCUGAAAUGAUGACAGGAGGACCAUGCCUUGUGCCAUCUCCCCAGAUAAAUGCCACAGUGGUUAAAUGAGCUCAUAGAAAAGAUCUGAAACUUAGAAUGAAAAAACACUAGCACAGGAGAGGUCAACCAUUUUGCUUAUUUGAAAAAGUGAAAUUGAAGUAAUUAAAGAAAGCCAGGAGAAAUUUGGAGUGUCUAGGACAAAAGGGUGAACGAACAUUUUUAACCUAUGAUGAUCUAAAAGGAAAAGUUAGUCUCCAUUGGAAAGUGUCAUAAAGUAGAGAUGGGCAGAAAAUAGAGGCUCGGGGUCUGUUUUAGGCCAGCGCUGUCCAAUAGAAAGCCAUGUGCCUGCCAUAUGUGUAAUUUAAAAUUUUCUAGGAAAACGAAACAGGUGAAAUUAAUUUAAUAAUAGGUUAUUUAACCCAACAUUUUAUUUCAACAUAUAAUGGACAUUAAAAAUAUUAAUGAGAUAUUUUACUAAGUCUCUGAAAUCUGGGGUGUGUGUUUUACACUUCAGCCUUUCACUUUUCAGACUAACUGCAGCUCUGGAACUUAGUAGCCACAGGUGGUCUGGGACAACCAAACUGAACAGCACAGGGCGAGGCUACGCCUUUGCUCACCACCACACAAAUACUAACAGGCUUAUAUAUCUUCUUCCUUAUUCAAAACAUUCUAGGGGUUUUUUUUGCACAUUUUUCCAGAUGAAUUUCAGAAUGAUUUUUGGUGGGAGGGGAUCAUAGUAAAUGUUCUAUCAACGUUUGAAAAUAAUGCGUAUUGUUGGUUUGGGACAAAGCUUUAUGUAAUCUAUUAAAUUGGGCUUAUAAAUUAUUCAUAUCUAAUGUUUUUCUUUUUUGCCCCAUCCCUCUACCCUUUUCUUUUUUGCCUGUACUAUCUGUCCAUUUCUAAGAAAAGCACAUUAAAUGAUUUUGGUAUUA